AUGCUAUUCUCCGGUGUCGCUCUACUGUUUUCUACUCCGCCUCCUCCAUAUACAACGCUAAAUCGCCAAAAUCGGCUGCUUCCUCCGCGGAAACAACUCAGCCACUUUUCGUUCUGUACCACCAUUAACGAGGUAACAGCAGUAAGCAUUUCGGAUUUCAUGAGUCACAUCUCCAAUCUCGAAGUCUCGAAUUCAUUGUCACGGUUGCUCACAUCGUGGCUGUUUUACACUUGCAUCGCACAACACGAAAUCAAUAUCGAAUUGCCACCAAAUCUUUAUGUACCUCAAGUCAUCCUAUUCUUGAAUCCACCAGUCUUAAACACCGGUUCAAAAACUGGCAAGAAGAAAGAAAGAAACCUCUCCACUUGUUGGAAAAACAUCAAAGAAAAGGAAGCACUUGAAAGAUACAAAAAUAUAACCGGGAAUGCCAAUUCCGUUUUCUUUCCUGAUUUCCAUGUUAGCCGGAAUUUGAAUUCCGAUGGGGACCGGAAUCGGAAUUGGCUUGCAGCAUCUCCUGAUGGGGUAAUCGACAAGAUGGUUUAUGGGUUGCCUUGCCGAGGGGUGUUAGAAAUAAAAUGCCCAUUUUAUAAGGGUAAUAUGAGAAAAGGUUUCCCAUGGACACAAGUUCCAUACAAUUACAUCCCACAAGCUCAAGGAUUGAUGGAGAUUUUGGACCGUGAUUGGAUGGAUUUUUAUGUGUGGACUCCAAAAGGGAGUAGUUUAAUUAGGAUAGAUAGAGAUUUAGAAUAUUGGAAUGUGUUACAGAUGGCAUUGUCGGAUUUUUGGUGGGGUCAUGUGGAGCCUGCUAGAGAGAUUUAUAGUAAUUAUGUUGUGAAAGAUCCUUUGAUUGAGUUGAAAGGCUUAUGCCCAGAGCCUAAGCAUGAGUUAUAUAGUUAUAUUGUCGAAGAAAGUAAACGUGUUGUUGGGAACUCUAGAUUGUUGAUGCGUGAAAUUAAUGGAAUACGAAUAGACUGA